UGAAGAAAAAAUAUAUACAUAAUAGUAAAUUGUAUCACAACAGUAUGAAACCAAUAGCCGUUGACCGCACUAUAUAAACCAUUAACGCCGUAUUUUGUGUUCACACUCCACUUGCAGCAUUCAACCUUUUAUUGUUAUAACUAUUGUUUUUUGUACAAUAGUUAAAAAUAAAUACUAAUUCAACAUGGCAUCUUACAAAUCGUUUAUUGUCAUGUGUGUUGUGGCCGUAGUGGUCGUGCAUGCUGUUUGUGGAUUACCGUACGAAAAGCACGAAUACGAAAAGAAGCACGAAGAGCAUGACCACAAGCACGAAGAACACGACCACAAGCAUGAAGAACACGACUACAAGCACGAUGAUCACGACAAAUACAAACACCAUGAACACGACCACAAGCACGAAGAACACGACUACAAGCACGAUGAUCACGACAAAUACAAACACCAUGAACACGACCACAAGCACGAAGAACACGACUACAAGCACGAUGAUCACGACAAAUACAAACAACAUGAACACGACCACGAGCACGAAGAACACGACAAAUACGAACAUCAUGAACAUGGUCCCCCGCACGGCCUUUUCUACCACGGUCCUCCUCCCCAUCACAGCCCAUUCUACCACGGUAUUCCUCCAAAAUUCCAUGGCCAGAAAGGAGAAUAUCAUCAUGGAUACUAAGUAUACUAAGUAUAAGUUCAAAUACUAUGAAGUAAAAAAAAACAAAAAAAACCACAUUGAAAAUGUAUUAUUUUAAAGUUAAAGUUGUCUUUUAAAACUAAUAUUGUUGUUCAUCAUUUACUCAUACCAACGUAUAAACGUAUGUUAAUUAUUACUGUGUGGUCCCACUUAACCGGUCUGAUUGAAACAAAUUGUAUCAGUUGGUUUGUUUUUUUUACAAUCAUAAUAUGCAACAAAAAUUACUCUGUACUUAUUUUAACUUGAAUAAUAUAAAUAUAUAUAAACAAAAUAAUUACUAUUUGAAGAUUUCACAUUUACUUAAAACGUAUUUAGUGAAAAUAUGAAAAUUACUGAAGUUAAAUUUCUGAAGAGUAGAUUUAUUUUUAAAUAACAAUACAUUGAAAUUAAUGUAUACAUAUAAUAAUGAAUGUAAGUAUGUUUACCACAAUGCCAUUUCGAAAAUUGUACAUCACCCUUUAAAUUCCAUCUUCCCUCUUCCAUUAUGUGUACGCAACGGUAUUAGCAAAUAUUAAAUAAUACUAUAAAUAACUGAAUAGUUCAGAAGCUACUUAAUUAUUCUUAGAAAUAAAACAGCAUGUUUUCAAGAAGCAUCAUACCCGGAAAUUGAUUUAACAAAAGCCACGAUUUUCAUCUAUACUGAAUGUUAUUACCACCAUUAUAUUAUUUAUUUGUCAAUCAGACGUUAUUCGUUGUUAUAUUAUUGACGAAUUUUAUUAACACUUACGAUUGAUUUACUAAGCUAUUUAUAAGAUGAUACAUCAUGUUAAAACUUAU